AUGGUAAACAGAAACGGGAAUGCGACCGCCCCUGCGGAAAGCAAUUUACGAGGGUAUGAAACACCGUGCCAGCUGCCGCCGACUUCCCCGUUGCUGUUGUCACACACCUCUAGUAGCAUAACUGGUGUUGGUGCUCUGUCCCCGGUGAUACUUGUGCCUGCCACAGGAGCGACAUCACCGCUUUCAUCCACAAAUGUCUUUACAGCAGGUGGAGGAGGAAGUGGUGGUGGCGGAAGCGGGGUACGGCCUGCACAAGGUGCGGCCACACUGACACCAGCAGGAUCUCCCAUGUCACCGAUAGUCGCUGUCUUCGAUGCAACACAGUCUCUUAAUAAUAGAAGUAAUGGGGUUACAACUAACGUUUCUCCUUUACUGCUACCUGAGAAAUUGGUGGUGAUGGGUGGGACUUCUCUUGCAGCUCUUAGUUCUUCCCUAACAAACAGCAAUCGCGCAAAUGGCAAUGCGAGAAGCCCUAAACCGCUUUUAGACCGUAGCCCCAAUGAUGAUUUAGCGCUUGAGAUGCAGCUAUUAUCUGGAUCUUCUUCUUGUCUAUUUGCAGCCCCCCUUUGUGCCUUGCCUAUUUCUCCCACGCGAGUAGCGCCUGUUCGUGGAGUUGCGGCAAAAGAAGUAGGAUGUGUCAUGUUGAAACCGGGAAGCGCAACCGAUUGCGCAAUUUGUUUGUGGAGCCGGGAUGACGGAGAUUCCCUCACUACUGUUCUUCAGUCAUUGAGUACCGCUGCAAAGCCGAAUCCAGCCGUUCACACAACUCAACCUCUUGAAAGUGUUAAGCUGUGCUGUAGUCAUGAGUUUCAUGCAGACUGCCUGCAACGCUGGCUGCUCACCAGCCGAGUAUGUCCAAUGUGCAGACGGGAAGUUGUGCCCUCUGCUGGGAAUUAG